AUGACCCUCUUCGCCUUGAUCAAUCUGGUCCUGACUCCCGAUCCACCACUGCGCCUCCUGACCCAGCCUCGACAAGAAUUCAACCCAACCGAAACUACAUUGAAGAAGGUGGGAGAACUUGUGCAGUUCGUAUCGCGAGACAAAGACCAAAGUGUCGAGAAGGCUCCCUGGCAACCUUCAAAAGAGUUCAAGACCAAUGUCCAAGCAUGGGCAUUGGGUGUCUUUCUGUCUCCAUGCCUUCCAGCUUACAAGGGGGACAUUGCUGUCAACAGAAUGACGUCUGUCAUCAAAAGAGAACGAUCAGUCUUUGAGCUGCCUCCCAACAACGACAAGGACUUUGCCAAGUGGGGAACCAUUACCGAUGUCAUUGAAGACAUGAACAUGGACAUCCGCCGACAGUUCAAAGCCUAUUUUGAGCGAAGUGUUCAGGGCCCAAACACUGAGCACUGGACCAUCUAUGCGCUGACUCAAAAGAUGUGUUGCAUCUAUACAACGAAAGGUACCAGCAUGUGCAAGCCGUCUGUUCCUUUGUGUGCACGAGCCGCAUUUUUCCGCAAGUGCUUCAUGAAAAACAGCCAGCGUGACUUUUGGGACAGCGUGGAUGCGAACCUCCGCAGCUUGCGUGAGAAACUAGGAGGUGAUGAGACGAAGAUCAGUGACUAUUUUCAUGACACAUUGAAGGAGGAUCGCCGCAUUCAUGGUGUAGAAAACAUAGCAGAAUCGGCUUCGCUCCCUCGGACUGCCAACGUGUGGCAACAGGAAAUUGACGAGAUUGUCAAUAAUGCCGAUUAA